AGAGUGAAUAAAUGAAGACUCAGCACACCACUUCUGAAAGAUUGCCGACCCCUGCACUAGAUGGUAGUUUCUCACUCUGAGAGCACUUAACUGCUAUAGUAGCACAGCUGCAGUUAUGCCAUUCUAGUGCUUCAGUUUAGACACCUAUGCGAAGGGAAGGGGUUCUCCUGUUGGUGUAGGUAAUUCACCUUUCCAAGAAGUGUUACCUGGGUCAACAGAAGAAGUCUUCUGUUAACCUAACAGUGUCUACAUUGGGGAUUAGGCCAGCAUCACUAAGUGUCUAUGGGGCAUGACAUAACUAUGGCAAUAUAAAUUCCCAAUGUAGAUCACUGGGACAACUUGGAAGCAGCUGAUUUAUGUGUCAUGACUACCCAAGUGUUAGUAUGUGAAUUUCAUUCAAUGUGCCUAAUGUUCAAGGAUAUGGUAAGAACAGUGGAAAUGAAGUGCUGCCUAAAGUAAAUUGUAAAUAUUGUCUCAGGCUUUGGUAGUCAGAUUAAAAAAAGGUUGAUCUCAAAUUGCAGUCAAAAUCAACUGUAUCACUAAGGUAAACUUUCUCUGUGAAAUUGAAAGCACAAACAUUGAGUUUAGAGCAUUCUGCAAAUGAAACACUUAAGCUGUCAGUAAUUUAAGUAUGUAUCUGUUCCACUGCUUCCAGCAGCACUUCAGCAUGAGAUUAAUUAAGGAAUAAUUGCUGUUACCUUUUGCACCUAAAAAUGGCAGAUCAUCAGUUUGAUGAUACCAUAAAAAGGGACCGGGUAAAGAUGGACAUUUGAGGAAAGUUGUAAUUCGUAUGCUAACAUGGACUUCACUAUAUCCAUUUCCUCAAAUUACUCAGUGUGUGCUAAUCAUUAUUUAAUAACUGCUUAAUGUCUGUAGGAAAGAAGCAAGUUCAAAACCCAUUGGCAAUUCAAAAAUUCUGCAGCCAUCUCCAGUGUCUUUGUUGCUUAAAGGACUUUUUCAGGCAUCUUCCUAGUUAUGACAGAUUCAUGGAACUCAGUGAAAGAUUGUCUGCAUUUUCAACAUUUAGGUGGUCAGCACAGAAAUGUGCAGCCUUUCAGUGAUGAGGAUGCAUCAAUUGAGACUAUGAGCCACUGCAGUGGCUUCAGUGACCCUGCUAGCUUCACUGAAGAAGGACCUGAAGUUGAUGAAGAAGCAACUCAAGAAGACUUCGAGUACAAGUUAAAGGGAUUCAUUGACCUUACCUUGGACAAGAGUGCGAAGACAAGACAAGCAGCUCUUGAAGGUCUUAAAAAUGCUCUGACUUCUAAAAUACUAUAUGAAUUUAUCCUGGAAAGGAGAAUGACUUUAACUGAUAGCAUUGAACGCUGCAUAAAGAAAGGUAAGAGUGAUGAACAGUCCGCAGCAGCAAGGCUGGCAUGUCUUCUCUGUGUGCAGUUGGGGUCGGGAAUUGAAAGUGAAGAGAUCCUUAAGACCCUUGGACCAGUUCUCAAGAAGAUAAUCUGUGAUGGAACAGCUAGUAUCCAGGCUAGACAGGCUAGUGCAACCUGCUUGGGAGUUUGCUGUUUCAUAGUCACUGAUGAUAUUACUGAACUGUAUUCAACUAUGGAGUGUCUGGAAAACAUAUUCACAAAAUGGUAUCAGAGAGAGAGCAACACUAAUGGCAUUUCUAGCACCCACAACACAGUGCUUCACAUCAGUGCACUUUUAGCAUGGACUCUGUUGCUGACCAUCUGCCCAGUGAGCGAAGUGAAGAAAAAACUUGAAAUGCACUUACACAAACUUCCAAACCUCUUAUCUUGUGAUGAUGUCAACAUGAGAAUUGCUGCUGGAGAAACACUAGCUCUUCUGUUUGAACUGGCACGAGAAACUGAAGCUGAUUUCUUUUAUGAAGACAUGGAACUUUUAACACAGAAACUGAGGGCCCUGGCUACAGAUGGAAACAAGCACCGUGCCAAAGUAGACAAAAGAAAGCAGCGAUCUGUUUUCAGAGAUGUCUUGCGAGCAGUAGAGGAGCGUGACUUCCCUACAGAGACUGUCAAAUUUGGACCUGAGCGUAUGUAUAUUGACUGCUGGGUUAAGAAACACACAUAUAAUACCUUCAAGGAGAUUCUGGGAUCAGGGAUGCAAUAUCAUUUGCAGUCCAAUGAGUUUCUUCGGAAUGUGUUUGAACUUGGACCACCAGUAAUGCUUGAUGCUGCAACUCUUAAAACAAUGAAGAUACCCCGUUUUGAAAGGCACUUGUACAACUCUGCAGCAUUCAAGGCUCGAACAAAGGCUAGAAGCAAAUGUCGUGACAAAAGAACAGAUGUGGGUGAAUUUUUCUAGAUCUUCCAUGUGGGAUCCAAGGUUGAAGACUUUGAUAAUUUCAUAAUUUUCUAUAAAUGUAACUGUUGUAAUCUUGAAAUUUGAGAUUUAAUUUAUAUAUCCACAUAGCUUAGACUUUGCACAGGGAUAAUAUCUAAUGUAUAGUAUCUGUAAAUGUUAUGCAUGUUGCUUUAGUUGUGUGUACUGUGUGUGUAUACAUAUAGAAUUGGUUGAUCUAAAAUUGGAUGGAAAUGUAACUUGUAACACUUAUGCAGGAUCAAAAUCACUCAUGAAUUUGGUAAACAUACCAACAAUUCAGUUGUUAGAUGGUGCUGAAAGCUAUAUGUAUUAAACUGCCAAAAUUGUCUGACCCAGCUCAUCUUGGAUUGGUGUUAAUACAGCGAUGAAAUUACAUAGAAGAGCAAGUUGUCUUGAUAAGAAGAGUAGAGUACCAGGACAAACAUGCCUCUGGAACAGCUGCUAUUUCUUUGUGUUCAAUUAUACCCUGUAAUUUUAAUACUUUUUUAAACUGGCUGAUGGACUGACAAAUGGCACAAGAUAUGACCUUACUAUACUAUACCAGUGCCAUGAAGUCCUGCUGUUGGCACUUAAAAUGAAGUAGUAAAUAACACAAACAUACUUGACUAUAUUUAACUUUAAAAGUGGUGACACAUUUUACAUAUGCUUGUAUAAGACUGUUCCAUCUUUGGAAUAAAAAUCUUUCUCACUGAA